AUGGCCUUCCAAAUGCCUUCAUUUCUCACGCGCCUUGUUCGACCUUUCGCCAGCUCAGCGUCUAUGGCACUUCAGCCCGAUGCCCUAGCUGCCAUGGAAUUUCCCCCCAACGCCCAAAGAGCUAUCUUUGCUGGAGGAUGCUUCUGGGGACUCGAACAGCUAUAUCGAGAAUAUUGGGGCACGAAAGGCCUCCUGGAUUGCAGAGUCGGAUACACAGGUGGCCAUACUAAAGCACCCUCAUAUGAAGCCGUAUGCACGAGUAGAACUGGCCAUGCCGAGUCCUUGUUAAUCGUCUUUGACCCCGAUCGAGUCACCUACCGCCAACUCGUGGAGUUCUUCUUCAGGAUGCACGACCCCACCACUUUGAACAGACAGGGUGCAGACACUGGCCCGCAAUAUCGCUCUGCAAUCUUUGCCGAGAACGACGAGCAGCUUCAGAUUGCAAACGAAAUCAAAGAGAAAGUGGGAGAACAAUGGUACAAAGGCAAACCCAUCACCACUGAAAUCCUUCGCGCCACGCAAUGGUAUGAUGCAGAAAUGAGGCAUCAGGGAUAUCUGAUCAACAAUCCGGGGGGUUACCAUUGCCCUGCGCAUUUUGUUCGUCCGUUGCCCGAAUUGAAAUAG